CCCCACACAAAUAUUUCUAGUUGCAUGUCCUUGCCGCGUGUGGUCUGGGUACCGCGCGCAGUUAUCAUGGCGCUCCGAAGACUUGCAACUUGGUCUUGGAAGCAGGGUCAAUUUCCAGGCUUUCGGACGGCAUUAUGUGCAGAGCGAUUAGCAGCUGUUAGUAGAACAAGUGGGCCAGUGCUUCAAUCUCGACCUUUGACCUCCGACGGAUCAUCUUCGGAGGAGAAACUUGCCGCAGAGGCCUCUCGGCGAAGUCGGGACAAGCCCAACGUCUUCCAAAAGAUCAUCGAUAGAGAAAUCAAGGCAGAUACAAUCUAUGAAGAUGAACAGUGUAUGGCCUUCCGAGAUGUUAAUCCAGUUGCACCGGUUCACAUAAUUGUCAUCCCACGCAAGCCGAUUCCUUGCCUGAGUGAAUCCAGCGAUGCCGAUGCGCCUCUUCUUGGCCAUCUUAUGACUGUUGCACGUAAAGUAGCAGCACUUGAAGAACUAAAAGAUGGUUUUAGGAUUGUUUUGAAUGACGGUCGCCAUGGUUCCCAGUCUAUCUACCAUCUCCAUGUCCAUGUCAUCGGAGGUCGACAGAUGCGCUGGCCACCAGGCUAACGUGUGGCAACCAGGCUAUCAUGAUUGGCCACACACUGAUAAUAGAGGGCUCCUUGAGAAUGCAUGACCACUGAAGUCGUAGGAGAACAACUUAUUUUGCAGGAUGUGAUUUUGGGUUGUUAAUCCAUAUGUGAUUGGUUGUCGUGGAUUUUGUAUAAAACUGGAAUUUUGUGAUUUAAUUGACGAACGCGGUACUAAACCAUAAAGUAUGGGUCAAAAUGAGAUUUUGGCUUAACAAACGGAGAUUAUAACGUCUGACAGUUGUUGAAAUUACAGCACGGAGCAUAAAGCCCGUAUAGCAAUGUUCUAUACAGAUUGUGCCCACCUUUGAUCUCCGUUGCAUAUCAAGUCUUUAGUUUUGUUAUGAAUAAUGAUGUACCCCUAAGAGCUGUUUACACAGAAAUCAUGUGAUAUUAAUGUUGAGAAUAUUGUUUCAAUUUGUUUGUAAAUAAUUCCUCUAUCGUGGCAAUGUUUUCCCAAAUCAGAAGGUCAUUUUCCAAAAGAUGUAACCAACAAGUUGUUCAUUUUUGAUUUGACUCAGAAAAAAAGUCUUUUGGGCAAUUUUAAGUUGGGGUUUUUUUUUCAGAGCCUUGCAGAUUUUUAUUUCACCAUCCUUGCCACAAAACAAAUAAUUAUGCUUGUACAUGUAGUAACUAGUACAGCAAAUGUACAUUGAGGUCAGCUUAAACAACUCGCAUUUAAAAUAUCAGAGUGCAGGAAUUGUUCCUUAAUUCAGUGAAAGUUGACACACUGCUGUAGUGAGCAUGGUGAGUGAGGAGUCUGUCCGAUUCCAAGCCAUGAUAGUAAAUAACUUGGCUAUCGCUUGCAGUUACAUUUGUGCCUAUGGCUGCGGCUGUAGCCACUUCCCAUAGGCUCAUGUGUUACAGCUAGCCAUAGCCAGGUCAUUUUGGAGGCAGUCUGUGUUCAAAUUACUUGGCUACGGCUUGAAAUUACACACAUGUCUAUGGCUGUGGCUGCAGCCACAUCCCAUAGAUUUGUGUGUUACAGCUAGCCGUAGCCAGGUCAUUUGGAGGCAGUCUGUGUUCAAAUUACUUGGCUAUGGCUUGAAAUUACACACACGUCUAUGGCUGCGGCUGAAGCAACAUCCCAUCGACUUGUGUGUUACUGCUAGCCGUAGCCAGGUCAUUUGGAGGCAGUCUGUGUUCAAAUUACUUGGCUAUGGCUUGAAAUUACACACAUGUCUAUGGCUGCGGCUGAAGCAACAUCCCAUCGACUUGUGUGUUACAGCUAGCCGUAGCCAAGUCAUUUGGAAGCAGUCUGUGUCCAAAUUACUUGGCUACGGCUUGAAAUUACACACACGUCUAUGGCUGCGGCUGCAGCCACUUCCCAUAGACUCGUGUGUAAUUUCAAGCCGUAGCCAAGUACGUAAUUUGGACACAGCCUCAGUCCAAGUUGUCAGUUGUGAAUUGAGUCACAUGAGAGUCAUGGAAAGUGCAUGAAUUAUAACAACACUAGCUGUACUUUAUAAUAAUGCAUGUGUACCUGCUUAUUGAUGCUUAGAAAAGAAAAGUGAAAUUAAUUAUCAGAGUGUGGGUUGUCGGUGUAUGUGAAUUACAGACAAGAUGUAUCAAGCGUGCAUGAACAGUUUUCUUUGGUUAGGUUGUUUCCUGCUCUUUUCACUCCUUUUUGUUGCAAUUGUAAAUGGAACUCUAAUACUUGUGCAGUUGUGAACCCUUUUUUUUCGUAGCAACCAAGUUGCAUAUCUGGGGAAAUAACUUGUCAGUAUGAAAAAUGAAGCAUUAUGCUAAAAAUGUUACUGCAGUAUAAACAUGUUGAUGUUCAGUAGAGAUUGGCAAAUUUUCAACUUCAGUUGCUUGAAACUUGCUGAAAAGUUAAAAAAUAUCGAAUUUGUGCAGAUAGAAUUUAUUAUUGUGGAGACUUAAA